GCUGCUCGGUGUGAGCGCAGCUUGCCCAGCAGCACAGUAGCACGCACACAGUUUCAGACGCCUUUUUCAAAAACUUCGCGAACCUUAAACUGUGUGGAUGUGCGUCGUCCGUGCUCUCGAGAGUUUUUGAGCUAAAAGCCUUGCAAUUUGCUUCUGAAAAAGGGAUUAACUGCAGCUCCACCGAUAGACGGCAACACAUCACCACCAUCCAUACAUACACACCUUAUCGAAGGGUGCCUUUGGUCCCUUUUUUCCGGUUUCUCCGGCAGCAGUACCGUGUGUGUGUCUGUGUCUCUGUGUACGUGCGUGUGUUGCUGUGUGCAUGUUUUUAGCGGUGUGCGCGACUGUGUGUGUGUGCGCUUUGUCCCCAAAUGGUGGUGUGAAUAUUGAGAAGUACGUCUGAUAAGAAAGCUUUUGAAGUUGACGAAGAAAAAAGAGCUCAAGUGGUGCGUGUGCUUGUGUGCAUGUUUAUGUUCGAGCGGGUUUGCUGUGUAUGAGGGUUUGGCUAAAGGAAAAGCGGGAAGGAAGCCUUCUGUGCAGGAGGGCAGGGUGUUCUGUUUCGCCCAAUGUGUUGUAGUUCAUGAUUGUUGUGGGUAGUGUUGUUUUCCGAAAUUCAUGUGCGACUAGUGUGCCGUGUCGUGAUUUUGGGGGCAGUUGCUAUGGUGAUCACUAUAGGUGGUGAAAAGCUGUGUACCGUCGUCAAGCAAAGGGGGAGUGUAAUUUUUAAGUGAGCUGCGGUCGGAGAGUAAAACAAACAUACCGAGCGCGUACAGUUUCGUCCUGUUUUCCUGCGGGUGCGCAACGACUUACAGCCAACGGACGGGUGGGAAAGACCGCCGCGAACACGGAAUACGUUUUGAAUCAGCAGCAGGGAAGAAGCGUUUGGCAUCUGUUUGAAAUAAUCGACUAACCGAGGCGCGGGGUUAGUUUAGCCGUGAACAGUAGCAGUACCAGCGUAACCAAGCGAAGCACCGGGAAAACAGCGUUCACUAUCUUAGCAAACAUGGCUGCACAGGAGAUGGACAACAGCACGACGUGGGGCAAGGAGUUAUGGGAUCAAUUUGACAACAUCGCUACACACACGCAGAAAGGAAUUGACUUUAUCGAACGAUUCGGAGGCUUCAUUCGUGAUCGCAGUGCCAUCGAAGUUGAAUAUGCACUUAAGCUGAGACGGCUUGUGAAGAACUAUCAACCCAAAAAGAGCAAAGAGGACGAAGAGAAUGAAUUUUCCUCCCUGAUUGCAUUCAAAAACGUCCUCAAGGAGGUGGCCGACCUGGCCGGGCAGCGCGAGGUGGUGGCGGAAAACCUCCAGAACCAGGUGCUGCAGGGCAUCCUGCUGCUGGCGAAGAAUCUGCGCGAGGAGCGCAAAAAGGCACUGAACCAGGGCGCCACCCUGACCCAGUCGCUGCACACACAGAUCGGCACGCUGGAUCGGGCGAAGCGCAGCUACGAGAAGGCGUUCCGCGAGGCGGAAAAGGCGAUCGAGAGCUACCACAAGGCGGACGCCGACUUCCACCUCAGCCGGGCGGAUGUGGAGAAGCAGCGCGUCAACAUGAACAUACGCAACAGCCAGUCGGAGGACGCGAAGAGCGAGUACGCGAACCAGCUGCAGAUUACGAACAAGCAGCAGCAGCAGCACUAUCAAAUAGCACUGCCGGAGGUGUUUAACAGGCUGCAGGAGCUGGACGAAAAGCGAACGCGCGGCAUGAAGGAAUUCAUCAAACGGUCGGCAGAUGUCGAGUACGAGGUGUCGCCCAUCAUUGCCCACUGUCUGGAAGGGAUCGUGAAGGCGGCCGACUCGAUCAACGAGAAGGACGAUUCGAUGAUCGUAAUAGAAAAGUAUCAGUCCGGCUUUCAGCCACCGGGAGACAUACCGUUCGAGGAUCUUUCCAAACCCGACCCGGACGCCGCGAACAACUCGCAGACGCAUAACUCCAGCACCGGACUGAACCACAUGACGGGGAAAGGCACCACCAAGGACAAGCUUAAGAAGCGCGUUGGCAUUUUCGGUAUCUUCACCGGCAACAAGAACAACCUUUCGACGGACGGCCUGAAGGAAGAUUUCAGCGACCUGCCACCGACGCAGCGGCGGAAAAAGCUCACGGCCAAGGUGCAGGAGCUGCAGCAGAAGGUCGCCCAGGAGCAGGCGGCCAGCGACGGGCUGAUGAAGAUGAAGGGCGUGUACGAGGCGAACUCGAUGCUGGGCGACCCGCGCACGGUCGAAGAGCAGCUGAACGAAUCGGUCAACCGGCUGGACAGGCUACGGCACGAGCUGCUGCGCUACCAGAAGCUGCUCGAGCAGGCCAACAACCAGUCGUUCAUUCAGCACAGCCCGCAGUCGAACCGUGUGAUACAGAACGGACAACGGUCGUCCAGACAUUCCAACGGUAGCAGUAAUCACGAAAACAGUCACGAAGAUAACGGCGAAGACCAUCCAGACGAUGCCGGUAGCCUUAGCAGGUCAGCUUCCGAAAGUAGUGUACAGCAAGCGCAAAAUGGGCUUAACAUUAACAACAACGGCAGCUCGGCGAGUCCGGAAAGUGGACUGGGCACAUCGCACACCUCGCUGCCGGGAUCCGGCCAGGGCAGCACGAACGAACAGCCAAUGAACGAGGAGUUCUACGAAGCAGAUACGCCCCUGGGCACGUGUCGGGCGCUCUAUCCAUUUGACGCAACGAGUGAAGGCAGCAUUCCAAUGUCGGAAGGGGAAGAAUUGCAAGUGAUAGAGGUGGACCAGGGCGACGGCUGGACCCGGGUGCGGCGGUUUAGUUCGAAGGGCUGGGAGGAAGGAUUCGUACCGACCAGCUACAUUGAGUGUACGCUGUACGCGUAGUGUUGAUCACCGAAUCAAGUUAAAUCUAUCCCCCGCUCUAGGGUGUGAUGAUGCUGAUAUGAUGUCAGUGAAGGAGCGGAAUUGCACCCGUAAUCCCAAAAUGUAAAUAGUUAAUGUAAAACGGUGGAGAAACGCCGGCCCUGCAGCACAUACAUAAAUGUAUGCUUUAGUCGACAAAUAGUAGUGGCAAUUUAUUGAAAAACAAAAGCACAGCGCUUUGCAAGAAAAGGGACAUCAUUUGGACCACAAAGCCUAGGCGAAACGGGACAGUAAGAACAGAGGAUAUAAUAUAUGCUACAGUUGCUUGCUCUACUACGCUAAACAAUCGUUCAAAGGCCGCACUGGUAUGCGGACAGAGAGACAGCAGCAGGGAACGGAAAAGCAUUCGUAUGUCAUCAGCCUUAUGUGUUUCUCCGCUUUGGGUGGAUGGUCGUUUAGGAAAUUUAUGCUACUUUCUUUUUAAAAAGCAAAUAUCAUAAUGCGAUUGCGAUGCAAAUACAAUGCUUUCCAUUUGCCGCGGUAUCAAAAAUCUGGCUACCGAACAAUGAUGUUUGCUUUAAAUAGGUACGAGGUGUGCGAGAUACGGCUUGCGCUUUUUCAACCGUGUUAGUUAGAUUCUUUUCUUUUUGUGUAUUUUCUUCUUUUUAAUAUGAAAAUAGCAAUUGACUGUUGCGUCGAAAUAAAUCACACUUGAAAGCAAUGCGCUUCAGGAGCAAACAAAGAAAAAGGAAAACACGAAUGAAACUCUCGAAUCAAAGUGAAAAAAGGAAAGUUCAGUCACCGGGGUGAGUGAUCAAAAAGCAUAAUAAACAAAUACGAAACAAAUAACUACCAUAACUACGGACGGAGAUACGAAACCAUAUACUAUCGUGCGUAAUCUAUUGCCAUGAACUCUGUUCAAUUUCGAGGAAAAGAUAAACUAUAAUACAAUUAUAACACGUUUAAUGCAGUGUGUGCAGCGCACGGCUCUAGUAAAGAGAGGGAAUAUCGUAAAAUAUCCAUUCAACAUGAUUAGUAGUGGACAUUUUAUGAUUAAAAAAAUGUUUUUAGUUUUUGUGUUGCUCCCUUUCUUUCCAUCAUUUUUGUCACUAGUUUUUUUUUAUUGAUGCGAAAGGAUUUUUUUUUAAAUAGAGCUUCUGUAUAAUUACUCCUGCGCGCGCGUGUGAGACUAUGCACAACGAGGAGUUUAAAGUUGAUAUCAACACAAAAUAUCAUCCUAUUCAAAACAUCAUCAUCGUCAUCAAUCAUUAUUGCAUUGUUUGGAAGCAUCAACAGCACUACGAUGAGUUAAGCAAAACAAAAAACAAGCUAGUUUAGAUUUAAGAAACUAAAUUGGAGCGAAAAAGCGAACGAAAGGGGUAAAAAACCAUAAUCUUUCGCUUUUCGCUCAAGUGAAACACAGAAAGGACAGAAAGUGCAAGCAGCAGCAGCAGCAGUGGGCUGUAAUAGCUGCUGGGUGGUGUUUAAGUGUAUUAUUGCUGUGUAAUGUAGUAGUGUCCCCUACUCCUUCCUCACUUUCUUCGUCACACAUUCGCGUCCACAUAUAAUCUUUACAAUUGCGUUGCUUUUCGCGGUGGUGAGCGAUUUUUGUUUCGGAACACCAGCAGUAGAUACUAGGCUAGAGCUAGAGUUACGGCGCAUGUAAGCAAUGCGAAACAAAUCAAAAACAUAUACACGUACCGCCCUCUGGUUUCUGGUCGUCCCAAUCUCGUCUAGUUUCUUCGGUCAGUGAAAUAGGGGAAAAACAGAUGUAAAUCCACGAACUCUAACAUGCAAAACCAUUCAAUACAAUUUCAACCUUCAGCGGUAGCUCUAAGGCGCUACAUAAUCACGUUCGCGUUCAAUGCAGAUAAAUAGUGUUGGUAGUUUAGAAUGCCAGUCAAACCGGGAAAUAAUUCCUCUUUUUGUCCACUAAAAUGAUAAUGAAAAAAAAACUGUAAAACACUCAACCUACCCAAAGCAUGCCGAAAUGUAGCAUGUUUGUAACAUACACACUUUAGGGUCAGCUAGUUGUGAUUCACUCCUAUUUCCUGAUAUUCAAAAUAACAAAAAAACGUAUACUGAAACGCGUAUUGCUAAACAAAAAACAAAAAGUCGUAGAAAGAACUGAAUUCCAUUUACUACAUCAGAUCGCAUCAAAGCGGCGUAGCUACUGUUCACAUCUUCAUAUUCAACUCUGUAAUAAAAUUUGCUACGUUUUGAAAGCAUAUAAAAGCAGCAACACUCUAUAUUUAUACAUUAAAAAGAAAGAUAUUUACGAACUAAACAAAGAAAGUAACUAAUCCUAAAUAUGCUCACAGUUUUGGCUCCUCUCACCACACCUUCGGCGGGUGUUGUAACAAACAAACAAACAAAAGAACACAAAACAAACGACAGAAGUGUCCCUUAACGCUUGUUCCGGUGAAUAAUGGAUCUGUUGAGCAACAGAAACACAUAAUUAUUCUAUCUACAGCUCUAGAGUUACCAUGCCUGAAAAAGUCUCUUAACAAAUAUACAAAAAGUGGCAUUAACAAAACGAUGUUGAAAAAAAUGUGAAACGACAAACAGAACUGAUUGGAAUACAAAAGAGGGGUGAAAAGGAGAAUAAUGAAGAAAAAGAUAGACGAGAGCGGGGACGACGGAAACAAAAUGACGUGAAUUUCUAGAUAAAAUAGAGAAGGAAUAAUGAAUUGGCAGGCGUUUAGAUUUAAGUUUUGUAAAUUAACGGACAAAAUUUAACACCAUUUACACAGAAACAGAAUGCAGAACGAAAGAGAAGACAAAACAAAUGCGGUUAUAAUCCUGACCUUUUUCCUUGAAAGCGAGAGAAAGAUUAAACGCGCGCGUAAAGCGAUCUCGUGUGAGAUCGCUCCCUCUCGUUACACCUUGAUGUCGUUCCAUGUGCGACCAUUCUUAGCAAUCUUUGCUGCUAAUGAUGAUUAAAUUGUGUGUGUUUGUGGAGAAGAACGCAUGUAAUGAGCAGCGUCCCGACAACGGUCUCUCAUUUCAUUAUUUAAACGUAAAAAACCCCCCACAAACAGACGCAAACAGCAAAAACAAAACAAGGCAGUAUAAAUAAACAAGCAAAAACUAUACUCAUA